AUGUCAACGGGGAAUGAAACAGAUUUCACCCUACUGGGCUUCUUCCCUGAAUUUAAAUACAUCACAGCAAUGGUCUCCAUCAUUCUCCUUAUCUACAUAGCUGCCUUAACUGGCAACACUCUUCUGCUCCUUCUCAUUUGGUUAGAUUCCAGACUCCACACUCCCAUGUACUUCCUUCUCAGUCAGCUCUCUGUAAUGGAUUUGACAUUGACCUCUAGCAUUGUUCCCAAGAUGGCAGCCAAUUUCUUCUCUGGAUGGCGAAGCAUUUCAUUUCUGGCUUGUGGGACUCAAAUAUUCUUUUCCUUAACAGUGGCUAUUGCAGAAUGUAUUCUAAUAACUCUAAUGUGCUUUGAUCGCUAUGUGGCUAUCUGUAAUCCUCUUCGGUAUCCACUCAUCAUCAGUCCAAGGGUUUGCGCACAGAUGGCUGCCAUGUCUUGGGCUGGAGGAGCACUUACCUCCUUGGGCCACACUGCUUUCACCUUGCAUUUUCAAAUCUGCAAUCCCAGAGAAAUCCCCCACUUCUUCUGUGAAGUCAUGGCUGUCCUUAGGAUUGUCUGUGAAGAUAUCUCAGCCUAUGAGAAGGCAGUGGUGGUGACAAGUAUCCUAGUUCUACUUCUGCCCUUAUCACUCAUCUUGUCCUCCUAUAUUGUUAUCUUCCUUGCUGUACUCCGAAUGAACUCCCCAGAAGGCAGGAACAAGGCUUUAGCCACGUGCACCUCUCAUCUUUGUGUGGUUGGUCUCUAUUUUGGUCCAGGUAUGUGCAUCUACAUGAGACCUGGUUCUGCCAAGACUCCUAAGUUGAAUCAGGGUCUCUUUCUCUUUGGAACUGUUCUAACCCCACUCCUGAACCCUCUAGCUUAUAGCCUUAGAAACAAGGAAGUUUUAAGUGCACUGAAAAAAUUUAUAGGAAGGUGUUAG